AGCCUGUCAGUAGGCUCACUUCGGACGACAUUUCUUGUUCUACUGCAACAUAACGGUUGCGUCUCAUUGGAGUCCCUUCAGAUCAUCGCUGAAAGGUACACCACCUUCAACCUAAUGCACUUCAACGAAUAUGGACGAAAUAUUGGCGUUUCAGUUCAAAUAUAAGCCACAGCGCUUGCGGGAGACUCGACCGAAGAUAGCUGUAUUUUUAAUACCCUAUGUCCAGCUGUCAAUCUUCAAUUGGGUACCGAGUAUCUGGAGGGCAUAUUCUGCUAAGCGCCUGGGAGCUCGGCUAUAUAUCAAGUGGGACGCCCAACCACUUGGGAGCUGAUCCAGCAGAACGGUAACGUAUCGCUACCAUUCAGUCGGACCACAACUCAGCCUUAAGUCUAGAUAGUGGUGUUGAUAAUACGCGCCAACAGUUUAUUUCUCUUCUUCCAUACAGAUGACAUGAAAAUUGUCCAUAAUGGGGAUCAGGCAGCAUGAAUAUGCAGGAACACCGAAAUAGUGCUUCGGAUAGAGCUAGGAGGGCAUCAAGUUCAGUCCAUUGGUGAGAAUAUCCUCAUUUCCUGCUGCAGUCAGCUCGUUUGCCGCCGUUCUGGGUCUUGUUACUCUCGGAUCAUGCCCGCUCAAGAGAUGAGAUGAAGAGUUCUCUAUAGCAACGCGGACCUUGAUAUAGUCUUGAAAUUGUAUAAAGAGUUGAAACAUCAGCUGGUUUUGAGAUUCUGUAGACACAUUCAUCAGAUCAAACACACACCGACAGGUUUCGGGGCUCCUUCUCAUUCAUUCGUUCCCUCGUUCGUUCGUUGCAUCAGUUACUUCAUUCUUUUGUCUUUCAUCAUGAAGCCUUCACUCUUUCUCGCUUCCUCUCUCCUUGCGCUAUUCCCCUCCUGCCUUCAGGCAUUGGCCAUCCAAGGAUAUCCUGAAAACGUGAGGUUCGGCGAGCCGACCUUUGUCGAGGGUGGAAACACCACCACGACAAAGCGUCAAGUCGCAACGCCUCCUGACAAUUGUUGGGUCCAGGGCCUUGGCCAGUCAAGCUACUGGUUUCUCCCAGUCUACUCAGGCGACGAUGUGUAUGCCUGUAUCAUGGCUCGCAAGAGGAUGACAGGGUCGUCCUGGGUUUGUCCCAGAGAUGACUGGUGGCCAGACUCCUACGUUGAUGAGAUCGUCUCGGCAGGCCAAGAACAGAUCUUCAAAGAAGGCGGCGGCAAAACGACUGAAAAGGGAGUUUUCAAGGCCCGAUUCGAAGGAACCACUCGCAAAAUUGAGGAUAAGGAGGGCAUGUCAGCCAUGCUUGACAUGCUGUUCCGAUAUUCUCUGCCCAACUGCGAUACUAGCUAUUCACUUUGCGUGACCAAGUCUCGUCAUUACUACUACAAGUACAAAGGAGAUACCAUUGGAAUCGUACACAGGGAGUCCGACUGCCGUGGAUGGUUCGGUAUUGGCGGUGACACCUACGCUUACUGCCCUGGGGGGAGUCACUGCCAAAAAGAUUAAAGAGAGUUUUGGAUAUGUUGACACUUAUUCAUAUGUUUAGAUCCUGGUUUAUGUUUGUCUUUGUUGCGCAUUUUUAAAGGUUGUAUAUAACACGUACCACGUACGAUCUAGAUUAUCUCUUAUUAGUUGAAGCGUCAUGUAUGAAUGAAUGGAUAAGUAAUUGGUCAUAUCUUUAUUUCGGCUGUGUCCGCGUAACUCAAGUUAACCUUCAUUAAAGAGUUACAUUGUAC